AUGCACGCUGAAAUUGGCCCUCAUGGGCUUCACCCGAACGAAUACUUGCGGAAAUGCGGCGUUCUCUACCGUCCAGAGCUUCCAGUCAGCUACCACUUCAGCAUCGUUAGCAAGGCACGGAAAUGGAAGACCAACUCCAAAACCUGGAAGAAAAACUGGAAUCUGUGUUUGGCUUGCGAAUAUGAUCGCCUGAUCGGAUACUCCAACAUGCACCUCGAGACAUGGCAAGAGAUAUGCCGUCAGGUUGGCAUCGAGGGAACUUUCUCGUCCAUUAACAAGUGCAAGAAAGCUUUUGCCGGCAUCCACGUCAAUAUCAUCGACGUCCUUGACUGUUGGAGCACCAAUGAUGUUCCUCGCCGCUUUGGCAAUGCCCACGAGCUCGCCAAGUACACCAAGACCACCAACAGGACGCUCAGUCGUCACAUUGUCAAGAAGGACAAGAUCUUGAAGAUUCUGAUGCGUCAAAUUUUCUAA